GCGCGGGCAAGGCGUGUGCGUGUGUGUGUGUGUGUGGGCGCGUGCGUGUCGCUGCCGCUUUCGCCGCUUUCGCGUUGUGUUGCACCGAGGAGGCCGGCAAGCGCCAUGAAGCGAGUGACAGUGCAGUGCCUGACCGGACUGUCAGUGUAGUGGAAUCAGUGGAUAGUGUGCGUCGGCAUGUGUCUCCGGCAGUGAGGCGAGCCGGCACCCAUCUACCUUCAGGACCUUGACGGAUUUAUUCGAGAUGCAGACGGCCCUCCAGUCACACCCACAUCACCUGGCCUCGACGCCGGGCUGGCCGUGUGCCGACGACCUGCAGCACAAGGGACUCAGCUACAUCGCGGAAGGCCACAGCGGUGUGAACCAGCUAGGGGGGGUGUUCGUCGGCGGCCGGCCCUUGCCAGACCACACCCGGCAGAAGAUCGUCGAGCUGGCGCACUCGGGGGCGCGGCCCUGCGACAUCUCCAGGAUACUGCAAGUCUCCAACGGAUGCGUCUCCAAGAUUCUGGGCAGGUACUACGAGACGGGCUCCAUCAGGCCCAGGGCCAUCGGCGGCUCCAAGCCCAGGGUGGCGACGGCGGAGGUGGUGGCCAGGAUCAGUCAGUACAAGCGGGAGUGCCCGUCCAUCUUCGCCUGGGAGAUCCGGGACCGCCUGCUGCAGGAGUCCGUGUGCACCAACGACAACAUCCCCAGCGUGUCUUCCAUCAACAGGGUCCUGAGGAACUUGGCGGCGCAGAAGGAGCAGCAGAGCACGCCGACGCACCCCGGCCCCGGCGUCACUCCCGGCGGCGGCCCCGGCUCCGGCGUGGGCUCGGGGACGCCGACGACGCACGCCGAGUCCGUCUACGACAAGCUGAGGAUCUUCAACGGGCAGCACGGCGCCGCGUGGCACCGGCCCAACCCCUGGUCCGUGUACCCGCCCGGAGGCAGCAGCCCCUUCCCGACGCUCCUACCGGGCAGCGCGAGUCCGCACGGCUUGGACAGCGACAUUCCCUGCAAAAAAGUGAUGGACCUGGACAGCGUGCAGAGCGACGAGACGGCGUCUGGGGGCGACAACUCCAACCCCGGCUCCUGCGCGGGCGGCGAGGACGACCAGGCGCGGCUCCGGCUCAAGCGGAAGCUGCAGCGCAACCGGACGUCCUUCACCAACGAGCAGAUCGACAACCUAGAAAAAGAAUUCGAGAGAACGCACUAUCCGGACGUCUUCGCCCGGGAGCGGCUGGCGAGCAAGAUCAAACUGCCCGAGGCUCGCAUCCAGGUGUGGUUCUCGAACCGGCGGGCCAAGUGGCGCCGCGAGGCCAAGGUGCGCGACCAGCGCCGCAUGGAGCCGUCCUCCGGGGGCGGGGGUGUCCCCGGCGGCCCCGGAAGCGGCCCCAACUCCGGAGCGCCACAGGGCGCGGGGACGGGCGCGGGGGCGACUCCGGGCGUGGACUGCGGCUCAGUGGUCGGCCAGGGCGUGGGCCCGCCGACGCCCGGCUCGGUGACGCCCGUGGGCAGUGUGUCGCCGCCCAGGACGCUGAUGAACGGCGGCGCCAAUGCCUUCAACUGCUACUCCAGCAUCACCAGCAUGGCUGACUCGUACAGCGCCAUGUCGCCGAUGUCCACCUUCAGCAUGUCGGGCACGCACCCCAGCCACGGCAUGGGGCAGGGCAUGGGCCACGGCCACGUCCCCAGCCCCGGCUGCGCGGCUGACUUGGUGUCCACCUCCUCGGGCAUGGGCUCCAUGAUGUCGGGCGGCGUGUCCUGCGUGCCGCAGCGCGACUCUCCCUCGCCCUACUCCUGCAUGCGGCCGCACUACGAGACCCUGGGUCUCUCCAGCGGGCUGUCUGGCGGCUUGUCCAGUGGGCUGUCCAGUGGGCUCUCUAGUGGGCUGUCUAGCGGCCUGUCCGGCGGACUCUCGGGCGGGCUGUCCUACGGCAGUCGGCCGUCGCCGUGCUCUAUGCAGACUUACCACCACCAGUACGGAUCAGCGCUCAGCUCGGCGGGAGGAUCGUCAACAGGUCUAAUAUCGCCAGGAGUGUCCGUCCCCAUCGCCGUCCCCGGUCAGACGCCGGGUCCCGACAUGUCGGCGCAGUACUGGCCGCGUCUGCAGUGACAACGAAGGACAGUCCAGCCCGCAUUUUGCCCUCCCAUGUGUUAAAUUAAAUGAUAAAGUUAGCCAUUUCCCACUGGAUGAGAUAGAUACGGCCCCGCAGUCAAUGUAAUCACGCACAGCACGCCUGUGCAUAGAAUGUGUUUUAAAGUGAAUACCCUCUAGGUGGUCCUUUGUUGGAUCCUUAAGUUAUAACCUGAUUUUCACUUGAAAUAAUGUUGUUGUUAUUUGUUUUUUAAAAAAGGAAGUGUAUGGUUUCCUACUCUACCACCGUUUUGGAUUUAAAUCCGUAUUUGUAAGCAUACGUCUUGAAUUUGGUAUGGUGGUUGUUUCCAAAGAUUUCCUUAUUUUGUUUGGCAAUGUGAUGAUAUGUUUAUAAUUACGCCACGAUUCCCCUUGCCGAAAAAUAAGGCGGGCCGUGGUACCCAUUGUACCCAUCAGGAGGAAAUAAUAAACAGCAAGUGGUUGUUGCCGGUCCAGAAUGACAAGCCCAGGGCAAUUCGGAUUGGUGAUGCACUAGUGUCAGCGGUGUGUCUUCAGUGUUGUGAUCAGGGUCCCCGCAGCCGCCGGCGUCCUCCGUGUCGGACGUGUCGGCAGUGUGCAAGUGAUACCCCUCGGGGAUGGGCUGAUGUCGGACUCAGGGCACCAGCGGCCGAGAGGGAAGCCCCGUGGUGAUAGUCUUGCGGGCCAGGCCCAUCUGAGAUCGGCAACGACCUUGCCACCUUGAAGUGGUGAUUCACCAACGCGAUGCCAUCCGGCGACGAAACACAUAGAUUAAAUACAAAAACUGUCCCAGUGUCUGUACCGCUUUAGUCAACACGAUACUAGAUUGCCAUGUUCAUAAUCGCAUUGGUAAAUUUCUUUGUCAGUGCAAUGUUUAAUUUUGUGGUGUAGUGCUGAGUAAGAAGAAGAUGCAUAUUAAUAAUAUAUGAUGUUUAAGGUGAUAAGAUGGAAUUUAUUCCUUUUCUCGUGAUAUGCUUGCAAUCUUAGGAGAUAUAUGUAGAGCACACUGCUGUCAGUGCACUUUGUAAUCCGUAAGUGAAGAGAAAGUGGUGUGUUCUAGAUUAUACAUAAUUAUUUCCCCAAGUCAAGCAAACAACUUGGUUGUCUUGCGUCGCCCACGUUGUUCUUAUUGUAGAAUCUGUUCAAAAAAAUAUUUAAAAAACAAAGUGAUUAUACUUAUAUAAUGUAAAAACUAUUGUAAUUUUUAAAAGAAGAUCCCGCUGUGAAUUUAGAAGCUCCUGUUUCUGAAUGUUAUUGAUGAUCUCUUGACCAAAUAAAUAUGUGAAUUUUUAUCAAUC